CAUUGAUACUGACCUGGCGCAUUUUGCAAGUCAACAAGGUCAUUCGUUAUUAACGCUUGUGUUGUUUGUUGAGUGCUUUCCACUCCAUCGGUUGAUAGCCUGAAAUACACAUAUCUUCGUAGAUCCAAAAUACGUGCGAACGCUUCAAAUUUAACAGAUACAUUUUCCUGCAAAGUACAAAAUAUUAUGCCAUACUUGUUUGAUCGAUCAUAUGCUUAUGAUAAUUAUUCUUUUCCAAAUUAAAGCAUACCUUCUUAUUGAAUAACCCAAUGAAUCCUAAUUAUCCUAACGGUCCCAUAGGAUAUGGAUGGGGAUUUGAUCAAAAUGCUACUACUACUUCACGGUGGGAACAACCGCAAAUUGGAUUCUGCUUCGGUUCACCAAAUCCUCAAAUCCCUGAAGUUUGUCCACCUCCCAUUCAAAACCCCGGAGUUAUUGGCUUCGCUUAUGAUCAAGCAAUGGCAAAUCCACCUUUAGUGUCCCCGGUAUCUCCCGAUCGUUCACAAUCCAACUCAUCUACAGAUAGAGCCUUUAAUGUUACAUCGCCGAGACUAAAUGUUCCCCCAUCCAUCGAACCCAUGCGACCUAAAUCAUACAUUAAUUAUUCAGAUGAAUCGGUUGCACCAUCCGCUCCUCCUGAAUCCAUUUCUCCUCAUAGUGAAUCAGUGAAAUUUAUUACAAUCACUAGGAAGGAUUCAAAAAAAUCCGACACAACAUCUAAAACUAUAACCAAUACUAAUGAUCAACACAAUCAACGACGUGAUAGUUAUCAAGAUUCAUUAAAAGAUAUGGCUGCUCUUAUGACUGAUGUUGAAUUAACCGAUGAUAUGAUCAAUGGUAUGCGUAAACGUUUUGAUUUACAUAAUUGAUUAUAAUGAAAUCUUUUUUUUUUUCUUCUCUUUUUGGAUCCCAUAUUGAUUUGUUUUUAAUGUUAUUCUAUAUUUCUUAUCAAAUAACCUGAAAAACAAACAAACAAACAAAAUACUCCUAUUAAAACAGUGUAGAUUAUUUUUUGUUGUUGAUAGAAAAGUCAUCAGUUCUUUUUUGUUUCAUUCUUGUUUUACUUAUACUGUCACAUUAAUUAUUGUCGUUUAAUCCACAUGAUAAAGUUGCUUUCUUCCCUCCACUCCCCACCCCCCACCUAUGGAGUAACUUUAUUUAUUUUGUUACAUUGUUUACUGUGAUUAUUGAUUGUUUAUCAUAAUUUACUAACAGUGAAAUCAAUUAUCAUGUAUUUGUUGUUGUUGUUGUUGCCUGUAAAAUAAAAUAGACUGGCAUUUCAGUUUGAUUUCCAACUUUCGUCUGUCUUAUCUGUUUCUAUGUCUUAGAUUUUUCUAGAAGGGUGUGGAGGCCUAUAUAGAUCAUUGAUCUGUUUUCGAUUCAAGUUUGUUUGGUUUGUUUGUUUGGUUCAGAAAGUGUAUAAACAUGAUUGUUAUUAUUCAUUUUUUUAA